UCAUAUUUAAAUAUUUCAUAUGUAGCAGUCUUUAAUGUGCAUUAACCUGAAGUAGUGUAGUGAAUGGAAUUCGCUAUCAGUAUCAAGCAUCAUGCGCAUAGGGGUGGAGCCAACCUCUUCGUUGGUUUGCCUCUGUUAUAUCCUGGUCAAUAUUUCAGUCACGAUUUGGGUUCGGGAUCGAUAAUGGGUUUGCGUGAGGUGCGCGUAAAAUAGAAAUUAUGAAUGAUAAAAGUACGCGCGGCAGCGACGCGACUGCUCUGCUGAAAAAUUCGAACCGAGGACGUUAUGAACAUCAGAAAUCGAGAAAACGUCAGUAGGUUCUUGUCUUUUCACAUCAAAAGUGCAACAGAAUCGUCCAUCGGAUCUCGUUCAUGGAGGAAACCCUCAGGGGAGGCAUGAGAUGCGAAAAAAUAGCCUUAGAAGAAGCACGAUUAAUCCACUGACGCAAAAGAUAAACAGUCCUCAACAUCUGUUGCGAUUCAAAAAUGAAGAGGAUGGAUUGGAUAACGAAUGGUAUAGUCGCUUUCGAUUACCUAGUUUACCACAGCAGAAAUCAUGGAAGGAUGGCGAUAACGAUGUCUCAUACAAUGGCAAUAGCGCAGCAACAUCUGUUUCUUGGUCACAGGAGGUGGAGGAUACAGUGACUCAGAAAUUGGAGGAACAGUGGGCAACCAUAGAAAGAACCUUUUACGAAGAGGAUGAUCAGUUGUUUCAAGAAUCUAUUUUGAACGAAUGUAUACAAUGGAGAACGCAGAUUUUGUACUUGAGAAUAGUCGGCAAAGUUCCAACUUGUACUGGUGAUAGCACAUGGAACAAUAUUCUCAGCUCAAAUGAUAGAAAGACAAAAAAGCUUGAUAAUUCACAAAAUGAUGAAGUAUUUCUGGAACAUAAUCUGUUGUUGAAGAAUGGAGAAGAUUCUAUACAAUAUAAAUUGAAUAGAGCGAAAUUCGAGGAAGUUCUCGAUACAUUGAUGGAAUAUGUAAUCUUAGAACUUUUUCUUAACGAAAAGAAUAUGGAUACAGAUUCUUUGCGCGACGAUUUAAAUGAUACUUUAAGAAUACUUCCCGUUCCUGGUAAUAGAAACUUGUCAAGAAAUUUGAAAACAAAUUGGACAGAGGAGGCAAUCUCGCCCAAUUAUAUCGAGAACAAAUCUCUGAGCAUAAGAAACCGACUACUGGAUAUAGAAAGCUCCCUUCAGAUAAUGAAGAACGAUAUAGAUCAUCAAGGGGUUCAAAAGAGACUAAAAGAUUCAAUUUCUGCAAAUAGACUAAGAGAUUUUGUCAAUCCAGGAGAUGAUAAUGCUUUGAAAGAAAGACUGUGUACGCCACAUAUAGGUAGAAAUAAGCUUGGCACUAUCUUUAACGAGAGAAUUGUUGUAAGUCCUGUGCCUUUUACAGUGUCUACACGAGAAAGUUUUUCUACUUUAAAAACUGUCCCAAUUAAAUUCAUAAACGAAAAUUUCCAAAUUUCUUCCUGUCAAGGAUCGGCUCGAAAUAUUUCGGGCUUCCGAAAGUCUGCGAGAAAGUCGAGUGCUUUAAAAAAUUCGAAUAUCUAUUCUACCUGGCAAGCUCCCGUCUGUCCUACCGUUUGGCCGAAAAAUAUUCGACUCGCUCCCAUAGACACUUCGAGAUUUCCUAGCAGCAAAACUAGAUCAUCGGCACCCUCGCCUGCUGUCUUGCACUGCAGCAGAAAACCGUUGAGUCCGAUUUCCCACUCUACGGUACCAAAAUCUGCCCAUACAAUUCGCGAUCAUAAUGAAUUUUUAACGAUUCAAGGGAAACAUAUUGUUCCUGCGCAAUCGAAGAUCAGUCUGCUUUCGGCUGGUUGGAAUUGUCCCAGAGUGAUCAAGGAAAAGAAAAAGAAAACUCGAACAAAUGAAAGAUUUUAAAAAAAGGCUACCACGCUAAAGCGCUUUGAACACUUACAUGUGAGAAAUAUAUAUUUUUAAUAAUGUUGUUGACACAUGUCUGACACAUAUAUCCUGCGUGUAAUCACGAGGAAGCUAAAGAGUACAAAAUACCGCUUUGACGCGUUCGGUUUUGCAGCAAGAUAAUGCUUGAAGCACGAUAAAACGCUUAACAACGAAAUAUAUAAUAAUAUAUAUUUAUUGCGAUGCAUAAAAUUUAUAGAUGCAUCAUCGCAUGUUCAGGAUGAUCCAUUAUAAUAGGAUGAUCUAUUAUUUCAAAUGCCGUCGUUCCGUACUGAUUCUACCUCCAUGUCCAUGUUAUUCUACACGCUUAUCGCGAGUGGAUAUAUUUUUGUAUGCUGCACCAUUUAUUGAAUGUGAAUAAAAAUAUAUAGCAAUGUUAUUGGAUAAAUAAAA